UUAAGUACUAUCUUCGGAUACAAUCUCACACGUCAACAGUGGAACAUUUUCCAUGUGCCCCUUGUAGAGUGACUACAGGAAAUCCCAGUGCCAACUAAGGUCCAUGUACACAAGUAUAUAGCGCACAUUAGUAAACCAUGGUAAACAAAGCUAUACGUAUUGUGAUAGUCGUGUCUGGAAUUUUGAAUUGGAUCGUAUUGAUAAGAAAUGCUUUUGACGGGUUUCACUAUGUUCACAAAUCCCAAAGCCGUCACGCCUCGUGGGUUGAAAUGGUCCGAGUCCAGAAAAGGAACUACUCCGACCAUCACCUGCUUCAUUUCCAAAGUUGUUCAGAUCUUCCAGUACAGACGGAACGGCUACGAAGACCUUAUGUAUCAACCAUCAGCUUGAUUGAUUUGCAUAAGAAAUACCAUGCUGGAGUAGAUGGCCACUUUUCACCACCCAACUGUGUGACGAAGGAGAAGAUUGCCAUUAUCGUUCCGUUACAUGGUCGACUAGACGGUUGCUUUAUCCUUCUCAACAACCUCAUUCCGGUCCUCAAGAAUCAAAACAAGGACUUCUCCAUCUUUGUCAUUGAACAGGUUUCUGACGCACCAUUCAACAAAGCUCUGUUGAUGAACGCCGGUUUUGUGGAGGCCAUUAAACAAGAUGUCUUCACGUGUUUCAUCUUUCAUGACGAAGACCUUAUUCCUGUCACCAACAGCGUUCCUUACGAGUGCCCGUUCAACCAACUCCACCACCUCUCUGUGAAUGUAUCAAGUUUUAACCACACCGUCCAGGAGCACCGGGUGGGUGGUGUCGUUGCUAUGACAUCUCAACUCUUCAAGUCAGUUAAUGGAUUCUCCAACUUGUACUUCGGACACGGUUACGAAGUCCAAGAUAUGUUCCAGAGGUUGAAGGCUCUCAAUAUUUCGACGGUAGACGCACGGAAGAGAGAUGGAAUAUUUGUCCGAAUAGGAGACACAGGAAACAGAGCGAAUAUCAGAAAUGAAGAUGGACUAAAACUACUGGAUGCUGUCUCGAGACGACCUCAACACGAAGGUCUAAACACACUGAAAGUCUCCGUUGGUCUUCCAGGCAGAAUGAAUGUGGCGAAUGUGUUAACACGCAAACAGAUAUCAUUUGAUGCCGACUAUUACCUAAAACAGAUAGACGCAAUCUUAAAGAAGAAGUCCUUUCCUCUUAAUUAACAUCAGUUCGGACGAAUAUUGGAGGUUUUUUACAGCAAGAGUGAUCAUAUCACUUCGAUGUGAACACGUUUUAGCAGGUCAUGCUUGAGAUCUGUGAAACGUUUGGGACCUGUAUAGCAUACUACUUCACUUCCUUAACCCGAGUCACUGUAUAGGUCGCUGAUAAACACUGAGAUACAUGCUGACGCUUCAAAUGAUUUUUAAAGGCAUGCAAAACGUGAAAUAAGAGAAGGUCAUCAUUAAAUUCCCAAUGACCUUAACUCAACAUCAGUAAUCUGAGUCAUGUAAAUGAUUAUUUGUAAUUUAGACACAUAGAGACCAAUGCAUUCUUAUUUAAUUGUACAUGUGUCUUGAAAUGUAAAGUGACCCUUGCAAAAUCUCGUUAUUCUUUUACAUUUAUUGCGUAUUGAAACUGGAAGAUACUUUAAUAUAUCACAGAGUGAUCUAUUAUGUACUUGUGGUUAUACUGAUGGUGAAUCUUACUUGCUGCUAGUUUGGUCUGCACAUAAACAGUUACGUACAACACAUACACAAGAGAUGUAUAGCCUUCAUAAAAAAGAAGAAGAGAGUUUACCUUUAUAAUGUACCAACUUCAAACAAUUCCAAGGGUGUAUGGUCAUAAAUCAUAUAUCUUAAUAAAACAACAAAAUCCUUUCCAUAUCCAAAAGAAAUCUCUGCAUAAAGCAGAGUCGAUUGUACAAUUCUGACUGUA